GAGUAUCAUAUAGCUGGUUCAGGACUUUGGCACAUCUAGCUAUAUGCUUUUUUGAGAAAGUGAACGACACGGAGACAGAAAGAUGGCAACGACCAUAGUGAGCAAGGCGUACUGUUCAUCUUCCCCGGUGGUGCUGACGGUGAGGAAGAGGCCGCACGUAGUGAACGGAGGGGGUUUCGUGGUCACAAACUGUCGCCAAAUACCAGUGUUCAGGGUCGAUGGCUGUGGCAUUCUCGGCAAAAAGGGGGAGCUCUUGGUAAGGGACGAGAAAGGUGACGCUUUGCUUCUCAUCCGUCAACAGCAAGGGGGGAUUCAAGCACUGAGCAUUCACAGGCAAUGGAAGGGUUACAGUUUGGAUUAUGAAGGAAUGCAAAGGAAGGUCUUCAGCCUAAAAGAGCCCCACUCCUGCUUCGCGAGGAACCAUGCUAUUAGAAUCUGCACUGAACCCCGCCUUUGCAUGGGCACAGACUGGGAUUUUGAGGUCAGAGGUUCUUUCCCGGAAAGAGCUUGCACCAUCAUUCACAACAACGGCAGCAUUGUGGCUCAGGUUGGGGAGAACAAGGAGAUGAAGAUGAGCAGCAGCAAGGAUGUGUACCAUGUAGUUAUGAGCCCAGGGAUCGACCAGGCUUUUGUUGUUGGAGUCAUUGCUGUUCUGGACAACAUAUAUCAUGAAUCUACGAGGUGCUAGCUAGCUAGCUAGCUGAUUAGUGUUGAAUAUUAAGCUUGAUGGGGCUCAUAUUAAUAUAUAAAUAAUAAAAAAUAAAAAAGAUGAAGAAAGUGAGAUGAAGAAGUUGAAGAAGGCUGAAGAAGAAGUCAAAGAAGUAGGUAUGAGAAAUGGCCACAUUUCCUAUGCAGAAGAAAAUUUGCAGCCAUCACCUCUGCAAAUCACGCCGGCUAAUCCUCAACAUUUACCACUUUUUCUCCUAUUAAUUGGUGUUCGUUUUUUCCAUGUAGUAUGUGGUGGAGAAGAGGGAGAGUAACCCGUGAGAGAAGAAGAACUUGUGCAUUUUGAGAGUUUUUUUGGUAUUUUUUAUAUUAUUAUUAAAAUCAAAGAAUGUUUGUGUGCAA